AUGUGCCAGCCAGAUGCUCUCCGGAAGCGCUCGCGACUUGUUGCCGAAGACUCUGCUGACUCCAGCGCAAAGCAACCCACCAAAACAGCCUCUGACAUUUCCGAUGGCUACGCCUUGACCCGCAGGGUAGUGUCAUACCACGCUGCCCCGAACGAUGCUUGGGUCAUAUACAAAGGAAGUGUAUUUGACGUUACAGUCUUCCUCGAGUCUCAUCCGGGGGGUGCUGACAUUCUUCUCGAUAAGCUCGGCACCGAUGUGACAGACAUAAUGGCUGGUAGAGAUGAAAGGCUGCAUUCGCACUCUGCAUUCGCUUACAAGCUUCUGGCGAAGUACAAGAUAGGGGAGCUUACUGACAAGCAUGAAGGAGACGUCGCUUUGGACGGCAACGUCGACCCGGAGACUGGCGAGACUCUUGUGAAAUGGGAUCAACCCAUUUUGCACCAAGUGGGUAUGCUCGGGAAAAAGUACGAUCGCUGGAUUCAUUCAUUUCCGACUACCGACCACACAGUCAAGAUGUUUACAAAUGAUACGAUCGAGAACAUGACAAAGUGCCCGUGGUAUGUGCCUCUUUUGUUUUGGAUCCCAAUCAUCACUGGAGAAAGCAUGCAUUACGUGUACUUAAUGGAUGGUGUGCACAAUCUCAAUCUCGCAUUAAUCGCCGUGGUGGCAUCCAUAGGUGUCGUGUGCUGGUUGUUAUUCGAGUAUCUCUUGCAUCGCUUCGUCUUCCACGUCGAGACGACAGGGUACUUCGCCAAUAUUUUCCAUUUUCUUAUACAUGGGCACCAUCACAUCACACCUAUGGACUUCGACCGCCUAGUCUUCCCACCGGUCCCAGCCUUGAUCCUUGCUUUCCCGUUUUGGAUUGCGGCACCGCGGGUUCUGGGCACGGAGGUGGGGUACCCAUGGCUUAUCGGCUUCGGUGGGGGUUACCUCAUGUACGAUAUGACACAUUUCUGGAUUCAUCAUGGCGUGCCUAAGAAUUCUUUCCUUAAGAUGCAGAAGCGUCGACACGUCCAUCAUCACUACUUCCAACACUCGGUGAACUUUGGUAUCUCAAACCCACUAUUCGAUGUGGUUUUUGGAACGCUUGAGGAACCGCAGCGUUAGAUUGGACAUCGCAAAAGCGUAGAGUAGUUGUAGCACCGGAGUUGGACCCCCCAUAUACACUGUUUUUGGUUGUAAAUUGGUGCUUUUCGCCGCACUUGCGGCCUCCUCUAA